ACAGGUGGAUAUGUGACUGAGAAUGCUCUCUUGUAGCAGAACACUCAUUAUAACAGUGGCUAUUUGCACGUGCAGUUUGGUAAAUUUCUGAAAAACAAGUGAAAUUUGUGCGAAAUAUAUGAGUGUAUAUUGACACUAGUGUCCAGUGUCCUGGAGUUUUUAGUUUAAAAAAAUAAGUCGAUCACAAUCAACCUAUAAAAUGAUCAAGUUGCACUGUACUAAAGUUGGGUUAAAGCCCAUGUGGAUGUUGGUUUUGCUGAUUUACACAAAAGUUUCAGAAGGUGAAUUUUACGACUCGAACCAUAACGUCAGGAGCAAUUUGGAUGAUGGGGGCAUCAAUUUACAUAGUUUUGUGCCGUCUUCCGAUCACACCACCAAUGGAGAUGUCAAUGAGGCUAAUAAAAAUUACGACAACAGUUUGAGGCUGGCGGAAAUAAAUUUCCUAGCCAAACUUGCACAACGCUAUCGUCAGAGACAACCGGAUCCGGUUGUGGGAAUCGCAAUGGAGAAACAUAACAGAGACCAAUCGUCGUCGUUGUCAACGGAUGUAAACAGCAUCGACGGCGGAGUCCAAGAUAUGGGCUCAUUUGACAACGAUCUAAGGACACUUGUCAAGUAUUUGAUUCGGCACCGAGAAGAACUUACAGGAGAGCAUGAACCAAAUGAACUAAGUGAGGAGUUUAGUGCAAACGGCCAGAAGCGCGCUGCGGCCCUCAGAGCCACCAUGGCUCGAAGAUCGCAUUCGUUUACCCCCCAUGAUAAGGAGCGAUUUUCGCCGUCCAUCAGCGUUGGUAAGUUGUAUGGAUCAUUGACGAAUUUGGGUGACUUUUUCCAUACGUUGAAGCAUAAUCUCGAAUCGCUGGAAACCAGGAACCUAUCUAACGAUCAGGUUAAACUAUUGCAGGGCCAGAAUAUGAUUUCGAACCUUCGGAAAGAAUUUAUAGAAGACUUCCCCAAACCUGCCGGAAGUGCGGCAUUCUUGCACGCUAUUCGCAAUUAUCGUCCCUCGCACCGAAUACGCGCGCUAGUGUCAUCCGUGCCGGAUCUGUAUCGAGGGACCAAUUUUCACGAUCCGGUGUACAAACUUGCGGGACUAGGAAAAUAAGUUUUCCCCUGGUUUAUCGCCCGCUUCCUCUGCUCUCGUGCUAAUGAUAAUGCUGCGAACCAUCUGCAAAAGGGUUUAAGUUGUUGGGACUAGUUUCAUGUUGAUGACGUUUUAGUUUUCGUUGGCGAACGAUCGAAAUGACCCCGUGUGUAAACGUAUUUGGAACAUUCAAAUGUUGUCCAUAACUAGAAAAAAGCUUCCGUAAUAUAGGUAACAAGAACAGUGCUGAUAUGUUCUGUAAGUUCAUAAAAAAGAAAA